UGCUGCAGACUCCCUUGGGGAGAUGCCCGGAGGACUGCCACCCCCAACGCCUUACGCCACCCUGAGCGAGGAGUUCCCGCUUCUGCGCCAGGCCCACCCCAGAGAGGGAGAGGAGGAGGAAGAGGACGAGGAGGAGAGCGAGGGCCUGGGCCCGUCCUGCCAGCACUGCGGCCUGCCCACCCCUGGCCCGGCCCCCUGCUGCCUGCCCGAGCUGGGGGAAGAGGAGGGCUCCCCCAAGGGCCCCCGCGUGGUUUUCUCCUGCCAGCUGUGCCCCUUUGCCUCCCACUACUCCAGCCACCUCAAGCGGCACAUGAAGACCCACAACGGGGAGAAGCCUUACCGCUGCCCGCACUGCCCCUACGCCUCUGCCCAGCUGGUCAACCUGACCCGCCACCUGCGCACUCACACGGGCGAGAAGCCCUACCGCUGCCCCACCUGCCCCUUCGCUUGCAGCAGCCUCGGCAACCUCAAGCGGCACCAGCGGGUCCACGGCCAGGAACGGCCCCUGCGAUGCAGCGCCUGCAACUGCCGCUGCGCCCAGGCCGACCCGCUCCAGCCGCCUGGCAUGGGGAUCCGCCCGGGGGAAGCGGAGGAGGCGCCGCCGGUGGUGGACCAGGAGGCAGAGCCUCCGCCUCCACUGUUGCCCAGCUCCCCGUUCCUGCGGCCGGAGGACUCUGCCACGGUCCUGCCCGAACUGCUUUUCCCGUUCACUUGCCAAGCGUGCGGCCUGGUGCUGGAGGCCGACGAGGGCUUGGGCGAGCCCGUGUGUGGGCGCUGCAGCCUGGCCGUGCUGGGGGCCGAGCCCGCUUCCCCCAAGGGCUUCUCCUGCCAGCUGUGCCCCUUCGUCACCACUUACCCCAACCACCUGGCCCGCCACAUGAAGACGCACAGCGGGGAAAAGCCCUUCGCCUGCGCGCUCUGCCCUUACGCCUCGGCCCACCUGGACAACCUCAAGCGCCACCAGCGGGUGCACACCGGCGAGAAGCCCUACAAGUGCCCGCUCUGCCCGUACGCCUGCGGGAACCUGGCAAACCUCAAGCGCCACGGCCGCAUCCACUCUGGGGACAAGCCCUUCCGCUGCCGCCUCUGCUCGUACUCUUGCAACCAGAGCAUGAACCUCAAGCGCCACAUGCUGCGGCACACGGGGGAAAAACCCUUCCAGUGCCGGGUCUGCCCCUACACCACCGGCCACUGGGACAACUACAAGCGCCACCAGAAAGUACAUGGCCAGGGUUUGGCCGAGGAGGGGGCAGGGGCUGGCCCAGACAGCAGCCUCCCCUGAAAUGGGAGGAGGAGGAGGAGGCCGUUUCGCCCCUUCUGCGCUGGGGGGCUGAGCCCACCACUGCGGUGCCCAAGGACUUCUGCGCAGGGACAACGGAGAAGGCCCUCGCCGCCCCCAGGAUCGGGCUCCUUCCAGCCUGUGUGACUCUGCCGCCGGGCAGGAGGACUGCAGGCAGGGGGCCCUUGGUGCUUUCCUAUCUUCUGUGUGCCUCUCUUUCCCCUUCCAUCUUUAACUGUGGUUGCUGCUUGCGUCUGUGUAAUUUAUAUGGUGUAUUCAUGCAUUAAACUGUUUUCUUAUCUUGCUUUA